ACAGCUUUCGCUCGCUAAUCCGCCGAAUCGUGGUGGUAUGGAACAAGUUCCCUAGCUUGGAAAGAAGCGCGACUACCCCAGUAUCUAUCUGCCCACCCGUCGACCAAGUAGGACUCUCAGUCAGCCAAAAUAGAAGUAAAUCGACCUCUUUCGCUCGCUGAUCAAGGAGACGUCAUGAAAAGCUCGCUUCUAUAAAGUGUUUUGAUUUUAUCAACAACAAGGUUCGCUGACAGUGCAACGCCUUUCUGCAAUCGGGCUGGUCGCGAUUGCCUUUUCCAUUUUUGUUUUUUACCGACGUUGCUAGAGUAGGCAACAUGUUUCCGUCGGCUCAGUCUGGUGAAACCAUUAGUCGUUCUUCGAGGACAUUGGUAGCGUUCACGACGCUGGCCUUGGUAGGCUGUUUAGCAGCCUUGGUCCAAACGUUCGGGCCAGCACAGGAUUAUUAUUCCAUGCGCGAUCACAACAUUGUCUUCAGUACAAUCACCGAACGACCAACGGUAGAGUCGACAAAAACCACCAGCCCUUCGUCGUCGCCACCACAACUUUCCUCCCUCGUAGCCCAAAUGUCCGGCGGCGCACCGGUCGAUUGGAACACGUACCUCGAUGCUGUCGCGUACGAUCCCAGUUUACGAACUUCCUGGACGUGCGGCAACGAAUCUUCUCAAACCGCCAACACCGCUCGCAAGGUCAAAGUUAUUUUUGUACACGUCUUCAAGACUGCCGGUUCGACCUUUCGUGAAUUGUUCCAAAGCUACGCCAGACGGUGUCAUGCUGGGUUGGCCAUUGUCACGGAAUGCUCCGGACUCUCGCCCAACAUUACCACGCAUUGGCGAAAUCAACGCGGCUUUACGUCGAAUAAGGCCGCACCCGAAUUGUGUGUGCGCAAACGCGUACUCACACGCGAGGGACGCGUAUACGAUUCCAAAACGCAAGGACCUUUCUAUCCGACGCUGGAAUUCAUGCAACACUACGUGGACCUCUUGAUUGGGCAUCUGCCCAUUGGGGCACACCGACAUUGGCCAAAAGAAACAUCUCAAGUACCCCUGUCAUCCUCCAAUAUGACACCAGUGGAUGCCCAGUAUUUGACCUUUGUACGGGAACCCGUACACAAAUAUCAGCGCGUCAUGGUUGGUGUGGUGGAGAAUAUGACGGAAAGUAUUGCUUUAAUGCGAUACGUCAUGGACGGGGGUAACGAACUGCGUGAACUCUUUGGCAUAGUCGAUAGUAGCAAUACCAAAAGCGUCGCUGAUUCUGGCGAUGCCAAUUCCCUAGACGGAGUCGACGCAAAUUCCACUUCAAGUAAGACACUUAUUCGCAACAAAUCAUCGGUCUCGACCGAUGCAGUCAUUCAAGGGUUGCGAGAAAACCCACAAAUCGCUGCAGCCUUGGACAAGGUCUUGAAGUACGAUUCCAUAGGGCAAGCUUCUUUCUUCACCGACGAACUCGCCGACACGAUCUUGACUGUCUUCCUACAACCCGAUUCUUUCGAACUUACAAGUCAAAUGCUCUACCACUGA